AUGAAUAGGCUUCGGGAAUACACCGCACAAAUGCAGUUGGUUCCCGAACAUGACACCACAGACGUUGAGGAAUGCUGGCUGGGUAUCAUCCCGGACUGCUAUGUAUCGCCUUCUUGUUCCAGAAUCUGUUGGUUUGGGUCUGCCGAAGGCUUGGAUUCUGCACCCACAAUGGACAAUUUGGCUCCGGCAAUGGUUGUUGAGCGCGGCUAUCUCCACCGUUUUGACUACAUGCGUCCGCAUUCCGGACCAGGUUGA